AGCUGUUCCAGAGAAAGAGGGCAAAGGUCCUGCAUGGCCAAUGACAUCAUGGUUUACAGGACUAUCCAGUCAAGGGGUAGAAACAGGACAGGAAAAGACCUCCAGGGCACUGCCCAGCAGGACUCUGCUUAAAAGAUGGCCUACUAUGGAAAAUGCAUUGAGAUUGUAAUAGAACAACUUGAUAAAUUUAAGCCUGAGAAGGACAGCCCUGAGCAGUUCCUGGACACAGCUUCUACCUCCUUACAGCAGGUUCUGAGUCCCCAGAAGCUUGCCUUUGUCUUGGAGGUUCUGUCUGGCUGCCUUGAAUACCGGAAGUUACUGACUAUCGUGGUGGAUGCCUUCUAUGUACGGGAUGGUCGGCUCUGCCUUUGGGCUGACUACAGCCUCUUUGAGGUUAUCUGCUACCUGGCCAUGUUCCAGCUGGAUGAGCUCGGCUUCCAGCUCUUCUGCAGCAUCAUCAAGUCCCAGCCUGUGGGUAAGACGUGCAAGUUCCUCAGGUUUUUCUUUAACCCCUUGAACCUGUGCUCAUGGAUCAAGGACGAGUGGAGCCUCAUCUAUGAAAUGGCCCACGUGAAGGAGAAUUGGAUUGACCCUCUAAUGAGAUGGCAGCCAGAGGUGCAGGAGCUGAUCAAGGAACUGGAGGGAGUGCCAGCAGAUCAAAUGCCUCUCUUGAAGACCAAGGCCAAGGUCACAGAGCCCAAGGAAUUCAAUCUGACUGUUCCAAGGCCCCGUGCCAUUACAAUGCCUGAGCCCGUACCCACCAUGGCCAAGGCAAAACCUGUCCCUCAGAGCACCUACCAGGAGCCCAGGGAGCAGCAGCUUCUGCAAAUGAUCAAAAGAUACAACCGACGGAAGGCUGAGGAGCUGUUGCUGAGAGCGAACAUGGAAGAGCUACAGUGCGCUAUGCCCCGACUGCGCAGGGAUCCACAAGCAGAGGACUUCAAGAAGCAUCAGCGGCUUCAGACUCCACCCCGAAUACGAAGGACUCCAAAUCUGACUUUCUACAAGCCUAACAACUUCCCGGUCAAGCUGAACACAGCCACCAUCCUUCGAGAAGGCGCCUUAUACCAGCGGCAGGUGGAGAAGGAGCUGCAGAGAGUGGAUAAGCUUGUGGACGGGGCUGGGGACUUCUCUGAGUUCCUCGAGUGGCAGAAGAAGAUGCAGGCAAAGGACCUGGAGGAGCAGCUAGCUGCAGAGGAGUGCCGGCGGCUGCAAGGGAAGCUGAGCCACGAGGAGGCCAUCUUGGCCCGGCAGAACCUCAUGCGGGAAAACAAGCAGAAGGCGGACCAGAAGAAGGAGGAGACAGCUGAGCUAAUGCUGCAGUGUGCUGAGAGGCGUCUCCAAGAGGAGAGGUCCAUGAAAGAGCUGGUGGAGCAGGUCAUCGAGGGCCAGAAGAAUGUCAAGGUGGCCCAGAUGAAGCUUAUGAAGGGCCGGCAGCAGAAAGUUCAGGAGCUGAUGGAAGAGAGCAGGGAGCUGCUGCAGCGUAGCACGGAGGCAGCCAAAGAGGAACAGAGGCGGCGCUGUGAGCUCAUUGCCCAGCUGCGCGCACUGGAGACACAGCCCACACUCAAGGGCAAGCUGGUAGACCUGACCCAGAUCCCAGGAUAUGGUCUGGAAGGCGAGAUGUCUGUUGUGGAACUUCGAGAAAGGCUGGCCCUGCUUAAAGAGACCCAGAAACGAGAGAAGGAGGAAAAGCGGGAUCAAAUCAUUCAGGGCAAGCGAGCCAAAAGCCAAAAGCUGCAGAACACACUGGAGCAAAUCUCACUGUGCCGUGCAGCCAUGGGCAGAACUGCAGCCUUGAGGUGGGAGGAAAAGAAGGCCCAGGCGGCAAGCCUGGGUACACCCUCUCAGGACGAGCGAGUGUUGGAGCUGCAGCGAAGAAUGCAGGAGAGGGCAGCUGAGCGUCGGAGGCAGGCAACACAGCUGCACGUGCCAACACCCCGGACCAUGCGCCCUCAGCUGCGGGCUCAGGCGGAAAUGCAGCACUGGCUGGAACUGGACCAGAGUCGCGAACGCAGGCUGCGGGCAAGGCAAGAGGCAGACCGAACCUGCCAGCCUACCCAUGACCUGAAGACUGCCUGAGCAGCCGGGCGGCCCUGCGCAAAUACAGCGCGAGGCCGCCGACCUGGGCCCCUGCCCCAUCCCCUCCCAGAG